GACAUGGAGGCCAGCGUCAUGGAGGUCGGUCGCUCCCUGUUGGCUUGUGGCAGCUGCGGCCCUGAAGAGUACUGCGGCUUCAGCAGCGGCCAGCCUCGCUGUGAGAAAUGCACCAUCUGCCCAGCUGGUUUCUUCCUGGUCGCUCAGUGUUCGGUCCAUGCAGACAGAAUCUGCCAGGACAGAGAUGAAUGCCUUGAAAUAGCUGAUCUAUGUGGAGAUACACAGAAGUGUCUCAACACUCCAGGUGGAUUCAGGUGCCAGGGGAUGACAGAGCGAGACGCCAACUCGGGAAUGUGCGGCCACGGAUACUUCUACAACUCCGAUAUGGAUGAGUGUCAGGCCUGCAAUGAGUGUGAUGGAGAACCUGUGGCUUCCCCUUGUACCUUCACCACCGAUACCGUCUGCUCCGGCCCUGCUGCCGGCGACAGCGCCCUCUCUAUGUCCUGGGCUGGAGAUGCGAGUCUGCUGGGGACAAAAGGCCACAUCCUCGCUCACGCCUUCCCCAGCGUGCAGCUUCACAUCCAGGGAAGAAGUGAUGCCGGUCUGGUGUCCGCUGAGAGUGGCCACCUGGUACUGAGGCAGCACGGUUUAGUCUGGCUGGACGAGAAUCUUUCGGUGAGCCACGGCUGCCGCAGCUUCAUCCAGGUGUGUCUGCGGAUGAACAACACAGAUGGCUCUGAGGGUCGCGACCUCAGCGGCAUUCGGGUGGAGCAGCGUGAGGGAAGGUCGCUUCAGAGUGUCACCGUCAGUGGGGUAGCAGAAGUCGGCCCGGGUCACAUCAUGUCCCUCUUCCUGCGAAGUGCCAGCCACCACUGUAACCAAAGCAGUGAAGGCCUGCAGCUGUACGACCCCGUCGGAUCUACGCUCAGCCUCUUCUGGCUUUCCCACGACACCGGGGCUGUUGCCAUGACAGCACAGGCGAUGGUCUCUGCACAUUACCACACGAACUAUCGCCCAGUCUUCCGCACCACCUCCACCUCUGACCCUUACGUGGUGGGACUGACUCACGACGGCCGCGGGAUCCGCUUUGCAGAGAGCGGCACGAUGCGUUUUGUAUUCCAGCAGGCGCUGUACUCGAUGGGCCAGGCAUGUGUGACUGAGGGUUUCCAAAUUUUGUCAUAUCUCAACCAUAACGGAACCAACUCGGAGCUGUUCCGUGCCUUCAAAUCAGGCGUCCACUACCGGGACACUUCCAUAUCUCUGUCUGGGGCAGCUAAAGUUGACCCCGGGGACACGGUGGGCUUUGAGAUCAUCUCUCCUGCUCAGUGCAACGUGCGCUUCUUCGGUGACGAGACAGGCAUCAGUAUUCUCAGUUUGGUUUGGAUCCCCGCUGCCAUUUCUUCCUCCCUGUCUGCCGCUGUGGCUCACACAGGCCUUCCCUCAGGAGCAGUUCGCAACAAGCCGCUGUUCUUCUACCAGACCAGCCCCCAUGUGUCCCAGAUGGGGCUGCAGGGAAAGGGAUCCGCAGAUCAGAAACGAGAUUUUGUCUUCAGGGAGAGCGGCACCGCCAGUGUGGCUCUGGACCUCAAACUCAUCCACUCCUGCAAUCUGGUCAAGGUGACUCUGCUAAGACGAAGUGAUUCAGACGGGUCAGGAGGAGGUCGUGAGGCCGAGGGAGCGCGGCCCACCCCUGUGGCCCAGCAGGUGGCUGGCCAAAUGCCUGAGGGCAGCCAGUGGGCCAGUGUAAGUCUGCGGGCGUCCUUCCAGGUUCACAACGGCACAGCGGUUUUCUUCACACUGGACUGUGUUCGUGGACGAGUCAACCAGAUCAGCCACCAAACGGGCAGCGGGGUGUCGGUGCUGUGGGUGGCGGCAUAAUUAAAGCAAGCCAAAUGUUGCUAUGUUGUUUUUUGAUAUGGUUUCACGGUUUUACUGACGUCUUUUAGGAAUAGUUUGAAAAUUAUGCUCAUCAAUCACUCUCAUAUCCAUAUUAAUAUAAAGGUUUAACAAGCAGCCUGUUAGCUUAGCCUGGAGAGGGGGAAUCAGCUAGACUGACUCUGUCCAUAACCAUCAAAAUAUACCUAAAAAAUUACUAAUUAACCAAACAUUAGUAAACACCUGCCUAAUAUCGCGUGGGUCCACCUCAUGUCACCAAAACAUCUCUGACCUGCAAGGAAAUGGAAACGAGACCUUUUGGGGUGUGCUAUAGUGGCAACCGAGGGGACAUUGGCAUUUCAUCCUUCGGGUUUGUGGAUUGCCAGUUGGGGUCUCUGUGGAUCAGGCUUGUGUGGCUCAUCAUGUGGAUGCUCAACUGAAUUGGGAUCCAGGUAGUUUGGGGUCCAAGUCAAUGCUCCUUGUUAUGUUCCUCAAACCGUUCCUGAGCAGCCUCUGCUGUCAGGAAGUGCCAUUGCACUUCCACAGUGUUGUGGCAGCAUUGGAGAAUCAUUCUGCCACAGGGAGCAAAAACACUCUGUUUUUUGUUUUUUUUUUACAUGAAUCACAAUCAGGAGAAGUGUAUUCGUGGAACAUUUGCAUGCAGGGAGGUGGUUGGUCCGAGGUUGUUGUUGUCUCCUGUAAUGAAGGGGAUUUUGAAGAUGAUAACAUACAGGUAAUGAAAGUCCUCGAAAGCCACAUGAAGUACAAGAAAAUACCUUAAGUGUACAUCCAAUGAGUCAAACUAAUGUCAAAGUAACAUCUACAUGAAUGCCAGGACCUCAGGCUUCCCAGCAGAACAUUGCUUAACAACAUGAUUAACUUCGCCUGUUAGUGGUUUUACUGUUGUGGGUGAUUGUUUUUUUUUUUUUUUUAGACUGUUUAAUCUGUACAAAAUGCGAAGUGUAAGAGCAAUAAUGUGUAAUUUUAAGCAGGCUAGAUGAUUCCUCCUGCUCCCAGCCUUUGUGCUAAGCUAAGCUAACUGUCUCCUGACGGACACCUGAUGUGGUGUCAAUCUCCUCAUUUAACUCAGUGUUAGAAACUCAAUAACCGUACUUCCCAAACCUUAAUCUAGCCCUUUGAGCUGCUUGAUUUGUAGUAAGUAGCGUGCAGUAAAUUGUUUAAAAAUGAUUUUGUUUUAAAAACACUCAAAUAUGAACUAUUGAGUAUUUAAAAAUGUAGCAAUUUGCAUAAACCGUAUUUAUAUCGUGCAUCUAUUAGUACAAUGUCAUGAUUUCUACAAAUGAUGGCUCUUAACCGUAUUCCCGUGGUAUUUUCUCAUGCUUCGCUGCUCUGCUUUUCCAGCCCUCUCAUGUGUCUGUCUUGUAUUUAUGUAAUUCAGUUACUCUGUUGACGCCAAAGGACUCUCACAUCAUUCCAGUUGUGACUACAGCAUUUUCUGCUGGCGCUGGUUUUCAUUCAGGAGUGCGUUUUUUAAGAGCAUGUGUUUCAUGUUAGCCGCCAUUUUCUGAUGUGAAUAUCUACUGCAUGCCUUGUUUAAGGACCACUUUGUGCAUAUUAUGGACUUGAAAGAGAGUCACUAAGCCCCAUUGGAAUUAAACUGCCAUUUUAAAUAGUAACACCUUGCCUUAUCGUUACUCUUAACCCCAAGUAAACUGUAAUAAAGUGUAUAUUUGAUGUUUUCUAGUAAAUCCAAUAAAAAUACAUUUGUUUUA